CCCGCGCGCGGCCCCUGGAGUCCCCGAGGCGCGCGGCCAGUCCCGCUCCGGCCCGCCUCACGCCGUGCAGCCGGGCGCCCUAGCGAGCGCGGGCCCGGCGCCGGGCCCGGGCAGACGGCUGGGGGCGUCUCCGCGGAGACUCUCUCUGAGGCCCCUGAGAGGCGAGAGCGAAGGCGAGGCUAAGUGGGGCCGAAAUCAUGAACCGGAGUUUUCAUAAGUCUCAGACCCUACGCUUCUACGACUGCAGCGCGGUGGAAGUCAAGAGCAAGUUUGGCGCUGAGUUCCGAAGGUUCUCCUUGGACCGCCACAAGCCUGGGAAGUUUGAAGAUUUCUACCAGCUGGUGGUGCACACCCACCACAUCUCUAACACCGAAGUGACUAUCGGCUAUGCCGAUGUACACGGGGACCUGCUGCCCAUCAACAAUGACGACAACUUCUGCAAGGCGGUCUCCAGUGCAAACCCCUUGCUUCGUGUCUUCAUCCAGAAGCGAGAAGAGGCAGACCAUUACAGCUUUGGAGCAGGUACUCUGUCGAGGAAGAAAAAGGUGCUGGUGACCCUGAGGGAUGAGGGUCUGCGUCGGCGUACCCACCUCAACAUCAGCAUGCCGCAUGACUUCCGUCCGGUGUCAUCCAUCAUCGAUGUGGACAUCCUCCCUGAGACACACCGACGAGUGAGGCUCUACAGACAUGGCUGUGAAAAGCCACUGGGCUUCUACAUCCGAGAUGGCACCAGCGUGCGUGUGACGCCCCACGGGCUAGAAAAAGUUCCAGGUAUCUUCAUUUCUCGAAUGGUGCCUGGGGGCCUUGCAGAGAGCACUGGGCUACUGGCCGUGAAUGAUGAAGUCCUCGAGGUGAAUGGGAUUGAGGUAGCCGGAAAGACAUUGGAUCAAGUCACAGACAUGAUGAUAGCCAACAGCCACAACCUCAUCGUCACUGUCAAGCCGGCCAACCAAAGGAACAAUGUGGUCCGCAGCAGCCGCACGUCCGGCAGCUCUGUCCAGUCCACAGACAGCACCACCAGUCACCACAGCCUGCCCGGUGCCCACGGCCUGCAGAAUGCUGAAGAGAUGGAGAGUGAUGAGGAAGCCGACAUCGUUAUCGAAGGGGCUCUGGAACCUCAACACAUUCCCAAGACCCAGGCUGUACCUCCAGGCAGCCUGUCAAGGGCCAAUGGCAGCAGCCUGGCUCACAGGCUACACAGAGGGGACAUGGGCCUGCAUGGCUCUGGGAGGGAGAGCAAUGGUAGUGUCCACAGAUUUCUCAGCUCCUUGAAAGCAGACCCCCGACACAGCCUGGUCCUCCCCCAAGGAGGGGUGGAGGAACACGGGCCAGCCAUUACACUCUAGGGCUCGAGCCACUUGGGCAGGCUCAAGUCCAAGACAGACUGUGCUACCAAGGCCCACAGUGGCAAGUAUUACAUAGCAUGUAGCUAUUAGAUGGAUAGUGGCUCCAAAGGGAAACAAACGCUUUACAUGUUUAUGUCAAUCUUAAAAUAAGAAAAAUAAUUGUGUACUUCGUCUUUUCUUUUCUUUUUUUUUUUGUCAUCAUUCCUACAACCUUAUUCUUUAUUUAAACUUUUGAACAAGAAUACUAUUUUUAUAGGGUUUUUCCACAGAACUUAAAAUAAGCACAACUGCAAAUUACCUGGGCCAGGCCUCAGUGCAUGUCCAGAUCCUUUGCAGGGUGAAACAAAACACAAAAGUGCAGAAAGUGUUUUUAACAUUUCUUAAAUACUUGUUUUUAAAAUGAAGCUUUAUAGAUAACUUUAUAAAAAUAGUAAAAUUCAUGUUUUUAACCAGUCCAUGUAAAAAUAUCUUGUGAUGCCUGAGUGUUCCACUGACCCAGUGUGGCUGUGAUGGGAAAAUAGGAACCAAGGCUGGGCGCCAUCACAGAAAGUCUGUUUCCAUGCUGUUUAUGCUCAGAAAGUCCUCUGGCCUCUACUCAGGAAUCGCUGGGACUACAGUGCCCUGCAUCUGUGGAGCUGCCCCAGCCAAGACAGGCAGGAAGUCACUGCUGUCAGCGUAAAGUGAAUCUAGGAACCCAGAAACUACAGGCCGGUAGUAGCACAUGAGAUUAAACGCCAGCUGUUCUAUCCGCGCCUGCUCUGAGCUGGCUAACCAGGGCAGUUUUAAGAGUCUCAUACCUCUAAAGGCCCACAGCAGUGGGGUGGAUAUGCAUGUUAGCUUUGCUUUUGAAACAGCCAGUUAUUUUUAUAAGAGAUUAGAGCAUGUUAAUGCCUGUUCCUAGAAUAGUGAUCAACGGCAGGAAUUAUUUUAACUAGAACAAGUCACGCGGAACUUAAUAGUUUUGACAGAUCACUUUUCUUUAACCUUCUUGGAGGGUUAUUAAUGUGUGACCCAAUUAAAUUGUAUAUGAAUUGUAUUUUUCUGUUCGGAUACAGUGUUGGGAGAGAAUAUCACAUUCAUUAACUGAAAACAAACUGACCAAGUGAAUCCUUCAUGUAAAUAAAGGUUUAAAGCAUCUUCGGCUUCCAGGUCGCGUGCCCCAGCUGCUGCCCUUAUGUUCUAGCGUCACCUGCUGGUAAGACACACAACUGUCCUGACUUCAUGAGCGCCAGAUAGACAGACUGCAUCUCAGCUUUGUCCUUUGUCCAGAAUUCGUCCAGUCAGAUCCUUUUUUCCUUUGUGGAACUAUUCACUGAGCAGGAGUGGCUUUGGUGGAGGAUUGUUUCCUUGGCCCGUGCCUGUUUCUCAGUUAUGUACCGAGCAGACUCAACACAAGAAGAGCACGAUGCUCUGUGGGUCUCGGUGAAGAACCAGGCAUCCAGACUCAUGGUUUCCAAAUUGCUAAAAGCGACUGUUUUGUUCCAUGUUGCUGCAACAAUCUGGAAUGUAUUUUACUAAGACAAAUAUUACAGAACCAAAAAACCGAUGUUUAGUUGCUACAAGGAUUGUUCUUGGCUACACUGUCACUUGGUAUAUUGGCUUGUUCCAAAAGAAUUUUUUUAAGAGGGCCAACCUUUGUGAGCUGUUGACUGUGAGGAAUUACACGCGUUUAGCAGAUGCCUGAGAGUAUUUUUCUAAACAGAACUCUACUCCUACUGUUUAAUUUCUUCUUUCAAAAUAUCUGUCAUUAUAUAUUAAUUUUUUGUUUUAUAUAUCAGAAUAAAAAACUUUUCGAGCUCA